AUGGAUGCCUCUGCAGAAAACUCAUUGAUGCACCUCAAUGACCACCUCAAUGACCACCUCAAUGACUUUGAGUUGCAUGAUUUCAUCGAAGAGGCUAACUUCAAUCAUUGCAUCGAGUUGAUUCGAGGAGAAUGUGAAGACCCAGUUGUCAAUUUUGAUACUGACCUUAUCAAUGGAUGUUUUGUGGAUAACCAGUUUGGAGUAUCGACCACGGGAGACAUGUAUGAUUACAAUGCAACAAUGGUGUCCGACGUCCCAGAUUCGACUUUUCAUAAGUUGCCAAGUUUUGAUGGGAAUGCGAUGGACCAUGAUGAGGAUAUUGAUGAGGAGGAUUCUUCCGCAACCACCACCACGACAACGACGACGCCGACAAAGAGGGGAAAGGUUGAUAGGUCAAGAACUUUGAUUUCAGAGCGUAGGAGAAGGGGAAGGAUGAAGGAGAAGCUUUAUGCAUUGCGUUCCUUGGUCCCUAACAUAACCAAAAUGGACAAGGCCUCCAUUGUUGGAGAUGCUGUGCUUUACGUGCAAGACCUGCAAAUGAAGGCUAAGAAGCUGAAAGCUGAGAUUGCGGGUCUUGAAGCAUCUUUAGCAGGAUCAAAAAGAUAUGAUCAAGGACUAAUUCAUGAUAGCCCUAAGAAGACUCAAGUGCAACAAGGCAACCAUCUGAUUUGCAAGAAGAUCAUACAGAUGGAUGUGUUUCAAGUGGAGGAAAGAGAGUUUUAUGUGAGAUUGGCGAGCAGCAAGGGAAGAGGGGUGGCUUUAUCACUUUACAAAGCUCUUGAAUCCCUUACCGGCUUCAUUGUUCAGAGUUCCAACUUGGCCACAGUUUCUGACAGAUUUGUACUCACAUUCACAUUAAAUGUGAGAGAUUGGGAAAAGGAGAUGAACUUGCCAAAUUUGAAGCUAUGGGUUGCCGGGGCUCUCAUGAACCAAGGGUUUGAAUUUAUAAUACCUUUAUCUGCCUAAUCUCUCGCCCUCCCUCUCUCUUUCACCCCUAAUU